CUUUGACAGUUCAUUCGUUUUUUUCUUCUUGUUGAUGUUCGUAAAAAAUGCAAUUUGUGAAACGGAAGGAGUUUUGUUGACAAAAGCUAAAAUUCUGCCCUAGAUAUUGUGUGUGUUUGCGUGUAUAAGCUUUGUUUCAAUGUUUCGGUGAUAUUUAUUCUGAAGUGAACAGGAUGUCUGCUACAGCUUCAGCAUCAACUGUGACCGCUGGUGUAGUGGAAGACGAGGAUGAAUGUGGACCGCAGCUCAUCACCAAAUUGGAGGGCAAUGGUAUCACAUCUGGAGACAUUAAAAAACUUGAAGAAGCAGGGUACCAUACUGUAGAAUCAGUUGCUUAUGCUCCAAAGAAGUGGCUCAUCACAAUAAAAGGUAUUUCAGAAGCAAAGGCCGAUAAAAUACUUGCUGAAGCAUCCAAAUUAGUGCCCAUGGGAUUUACUACUGCUACAGAAUUUCAUCAAAAAAGAGCAGAAAUAAUUCAAUUGACAACAGGAUCGAAAGAGCUGGACAGGUUGUUGGGGGGUGGAAUAGAAACUGGAUCUAUCACAGAAAUAUUUGGAGAGUUCCGCACUGGAAAGACUCAAAUAUGCCAUACUUUAGCUGUUACUUGUCAGCUGCCCAUUGAGCAAUCAGGAGGUGAAGGCAAAUGUAUGUACAUAGACACAGAGGGCACCUUCCGUCCUGAGCGUCUACUGGCAGUGGCUCAGAGGUACGGCAUGGAAGGUGCAGCUGUGCUGGACAAUGUAGCAUAUGCACGAGCUUACAACACGGACCAUCAGACACAGCUGUUGAUUCAGGCAUGUGCUAUGAUGGCCGAAUCUAGAUAUUCACUCAUAAUAGUGGACAGUGCAACAGCACUGUACAGGACAGAUUACUCUGGUAGAGGAGAGCUCAACUCGCGACAGGUGCACUUAGGACGGUUCAUGAGGAUGCUGCUCCGAUUAGCUGAUGAGUUUGGAGUAGCAGUCGUAAUAACAAACCAAGUGGUCGCAAACGUGGAUAACGUGGGGGUGUUCAAUGCGGACACGAAAAAGCCGAUUGGCGGGCACAUCAUCGCGCAUGCGUCGACGACGCGGCUGUACCUGCGCAAGGGACGCGGCGAUAACCGCGUCUGCAAGAUCUACGACAGUCCGUGUUUGCCGGAAACGGAAGCCAUGUUCGCUAUUAGUGCCGAAGGAGUUACUGAUGCUAAGGAAUAAUGUUGCAGGGUUAUAGUGGACUGAAUAGCGCUGGAGUUUUGCGACACGGAAAUUUACUAUAUUAUAAACUCAUUAGGGUUGUACCACAUCUGACAGCACGCAUACUUACCUCGCUAUCGCUUCGUCGAUUCUGCUGCCCGCGGUUGCUCUCUCUCGCUCCAGUAAAUGACGGUACUGAGUAACAGAGAAGGAUAGAAGCAUAGGAAAAUGCAAUGAGGUGCUGACAAAAUGUGGUUCAACCAUAAUCCACUUAAUAUUUGCCGAAUCAAUGUUUAAUUUCUUUGUAAUUUCAUUCUUUACUUUAUAGCAGUUAUGCCUAGAGAUAUACAAUGCAUUUUAUUUGGACAAUAAUAGUUAAGGAACUUUUUUAAAUGUAAAUAGACAAACUUUUUCAAGAAAGUCUUUGAACAAAAAAAUAUGAAACACUAAUCUUUUUUGUCAGAAAUCUCUUAAACUAAAGAUCCAGAUGGGAUCUGUAUGUGAAAGAUAAUUUUAAACUUAUAGCCAUGCCAAUGAUAUCACUAAAAAACUAUGAAGAAACGCUUUGGGAGUAUUCAAAAUAUAAAAACUCAAUAAAUACAUUUCCACUAUGGUUAUACAAUUCUUUAUUAAUAUGUAAAAAAAAACAAUAAAUAAUGCUAUAAUUUAAAUCCAAAUCACCGUUCAAAUAAAAAAAAUGUCUAGUUUAUAAAGGCGACUAUACUUAUGGUGUGUAGGUACGAAUUGAUAGCCUUCGC